GUCUCUUUGGACCAAAGAAUCUUUGGACAGAUCAAAAGAGAAAAAAGAAGAAAAAUUACAUACCUACGUCUGUCGUCUUUAGUCUUAUAGUGAGCUGCCGCCUACCCAGCCAAAAAUGCUUAAAACAAACACGAAAACAUUGAACUAUUAUGUACUAAGCAUAGAGGUCUGUUGGUGUACUCGAAAAAGUAAUAUUUUCACUGGUUUAACUUUCAAAACAAAGUAAUUACUGGUUAUAAAGACCCGGCAAUUAUGUAUAAAAACAGUAUAUGGUACAAAUCUUUACUCAAUGCUGAGAAAACAUGUUUGAAGGAAGAUAAAAUUAAAAAGAUUCAUUAUAAGUUUGACGAUGGCAAUGAAAUGGUAGAGGAAUAUAAUGUAGACACUCGGGUGCUCUUAAGGCGAGCUUGGAAAACGAAAGGAAAGCUUGGAGGUGAAGGCAAAUGGUCAGUGGAGAUAGGGGACCCUAUUCCUGAAGGUGCUCCGAAUUCUGAUGCUCUAGACAUUAUGGAGAGUAAAGAUCAACCCGCUUUAUUGAAAAGGAACACAAGAAUCAACAUAGAGUGGAGAAUACGCAACCUUCCUUAUCCAAUAGAAACAUAUUCUAUCAAAGCCAACAACGAAGAGAAGCUCAUCAUCAUUAGUACUACUAAUAAGAAGUACUAUAAAAAGCUGGAAGUCCCAGAGUUGGCAAGGCUUGGCAUGCCAAUAGAGCAGGAGAACAUACAGGCAACACACAAGUAUAAUACACUUAUUAUAACAUAUAAAAAGCCACAGCAAAUACUAGACAUGGAGAAGGAAUGGUAUGAAGAACUUAAUAGUGUGAACCCAAUUAAGGACAUGCCAAGCGAAUGUAAAACACAAUAGGUAUUAGAUUUGCAUUUAGUUUUGAUUUUAUAAGUAAUAAAUAAAACAUUUGUUUCAGUUUUAAUAUUUUAUUUGAACCAAAAAUGUAUGUACACUUUUAUCAAAUUAAUUUAAAUUUUUUAUAAUUUUAAUUACACUGAUCACUGAUGGACAAUCCUUAUUUAAUUGUACUUGAAAUCCUAAACAGCUAUUCCUGAAAAACAAUAAAUUAAAGAGGUGUCUAUUUCUGAGACCUCUAAGGUUAGAGAACUUGUGCAUUCUUAUAUUUUCUGAGUUUCAUCUAGUAAGUCCCAUUUCUUCUGUAGAACUUGACAUCAUCAGACAAAAUGAGACAACUUUAUCUUAAUUUGUUCCAUAGAAUAAUUGAGAUUUUUCUUUCUUUGAAUUGUUCUAUAGAACAAAGUA